GCUGCCUGUCAUUACACAACUGACACUGCUCACCGGCACACAGAAGUUGCUCACACAUUUUGCAGUGACAGGCAGCAGCAUUUUGCAUUCACCUAGGGCAGCGACUUCAAUACUUGAUUUUCCUCUGGGACUGCUGGCUUUUAUGACACAUGCAGCAGUGAGUUAAUGACAGCUGAUGUCACUGCGAUCUGUGUGGAGCAUUGUAAACUUUUAUUAAGCUUCCUGCUGUGUUGGAUCUUCCUGUCAACAUGAUAAUAAGCAUCGCUCUGAUCUGGGCAGUUCUGGUGGGAUUCUGUUGUCUCCUGUGGCUUGCUGUGGGGAUAAGACGCAGGAAACCUGGUGAACCUGCAGUCGAAAAUGGUUUAAUUCCCUACUUGGGUUGUGCUCUGCAGUUUGGGGCCAACCCUCUCCAGUUCCUCCGCAGCCGUCAAAAGAAGCAUGGCCAUAUUUUCACUUGCAAGAUUGCAGGCCAGUAUAUCCACUUCCUGUGUGACCCAUUCUCUUACCAUUCAGUCAUCAGACAAGGGAGACAUCUGGACUGGAGGAAGUUCCAUUUUGCUACAUCUGUCAAGGCAUUUGGCCAUGAUAGCUUUGACCCCCGCCAUGGUCACACCACAGAGAACCUCCACCAAACCUUUCUGAAGACACUGCAGGGUGAAGCUUUGCCUUCCCUGAUAGAGACAAUGAUGGGCCACCUCCAGGAUGUCAUGCUCAAGUCGGACACACUCAGCCCCAGCAAGGAUGACUGGGAGGUGGAUGGCAUCUUUUCUUUCUGUUACAAGGUAAUGUUUGAGUCUGGUUACCUAACUCUGUUUGGUAAAGAGCUCGGUGAAGACAAAUGUAUGGCACGGCAGGCAGCUCAGAAGGCCUUGGUACUCAGUGCUUUGGAGAACUUCAAAGAAUUUGACAAGAUCUUCCCUGCACUCGUAGCUGGCCUGCCCAUCCAUGUCUUCAAGAGUGCCUAUAGUGCCAGAGAGAAUCUAGCAAAGACCAUGCGUGCUGAGAAUUUGUCCAAGAGGGAGAAUGUGUCUGAUCUGAUUUCUAUGAGGAUGAUCCUGAAUGAUUCCUUAUCUACCUUCAAUGACGUGAGCAAAGCCAGAACUCACGUAGCCCUGCUCUGGGCCUCACAGGCCAACACCCUGCCUGCUACCUUCUGGAGUCUGUUUUACAUGAUCAGGAGUCCAGAUGCUUUGAAAGCAGCACGUGAAGAAGUAAAGAAAGUUCUGGCAGAUGCAGGUUUGACAGCUGACCCUAGUGACCCCACACUCAACCUGACCAGGGACCAGCUGGACAAGAUGCCUGUUUUGGACAGCAUCAUAAAAGAAGCCAUGCGUCUCUCUAGUGCUUCCAUGAAUGUGCGUGUUGCCAAGGAGAACUUCGUGCUUCACCUUGACAACCAAGAUUCUGUUAGCAUACGGAAAGAUGAUGUCAUAGCCCUUUAUCCGCCCAUGCUUCACUAUGAUCCAGAAAUCUACGAGGAUCCCUAUGAGUACAAAUUUGACCGUUUCCUGGAUGAGAACGGUCAGGAAAAAACUAUCUUUCAUCACAGCGGCCGGCGGCUGCGUUACUUCUACAUGCCGUUCGGCUCCGGGGUCACAAAAUGCCCUGGCAGAUUUUUUGCUGUGUAUGAGAUCAAGCAGUUUCUUACUCUGGUGCUAUCCUACUUUGACAUGGAACUAUUAGACCCUGCUAUCAAAGUGCCUCCUCUUGACCAGUCCCGUGCUGGUCUGGGAAUUCUUCAGCCUACCUAUGAUGUGGACUUCAGGUACAAGCUGAUAUCAAACCAUUAGGUGCUGUCUUUGAGUGGCAGAGCAACUUCAGUAAUAUUGUACAUAGUGUAUAUUUAACAGUGCUAAUGAAGAAGCCUUAUGUACAUGUAAAUAGACUGAAAAAUGUAUUGUUUUUGCUUUAAUUUGAUACUGAAGAACAUGUAUUGUAUAUAUAUGUAGAGCCCUCACAAUGAGUAAAAACCUGUACCACAGAUCAGCCACAACAUUAAAAUCACUGACAGGUAAAGUGAAGACUAGCUCUGUCUCAUUACAACAGCGCCUAUUAAGGGGUGGGAUAUAUCAGGAAGCAAAUAUACAGUCAGUUCUUGAAGUUGGUGUGUUAGAAGCAGGUGACUUUGACAAGGACCAAAUUGUGAUUUGUCAGUCCAUCCCAGAGCUUACACAUAAAGACAGGCAACAGGGUUAGGAUUAGAGUUAACCCUAGGGUUAGGGUUAGGGUUAGGAACACUCACACCUAUAUCCAGUCUAGAAUCACCAGUCAACCCACACAGGAAAGGGAAAGACAUGUAAACUCCACGCAGAAAGGCCCCACUUUACCAGCAAUUUGCAACCCAGAACCCUCUGGCUGUGAAGCAACAGUCAGACAACCAAAUAUGAUCAUAAAGCAAAUGUUAAAAUGCAAGUGACCCUUGUUAACUACGUUGAGUCUUGAGUUUAACUGAAUCAAAAGCCAGAAGUUUAAUCUUCGUCUUCCAGCCUUUCAAACACCCUCCUUUUAUUCACUGCUUUUGAAUUUCAGAUAGUAUAGUAAGUAGCCUGACUUCUAUAUUCAGUCAGGUUUAACUUCUUUUGUGCACACACAUAUAUAACAACAUAAAAACCAAAUAACAGAUACUGCAUACUCCAGAAAUUUAACACAGACACACCUCAGCCAACCAGAAGGUUUGAAUGCGCAUCUUUCUUGCUGUGAGGGAGCCAUACUAACCACUGCAUCACUGUGUCAUCUUGCAAAGCUGCAAGUGUACCAUUGCAUUUAGAACAUCACCACUAUCAUUCAUGUGAGUCAUGUGUUAAUUUGAUUGUUUGAUUUGCUAAUUUGCACAUAUCCCCAUUCACGGCCAUGUAUUUCCUGUUCACACCCUGCAAACAUUGUUCAGGAAGGGUUUGAGGAACAGGACAACAACUUUAGUGUGUUAACUUGGCCUCCAAGCUCCCCAGACCUCAAUCAAAGUAAGUAUCUCUGGAAUGUGCUGGAAAAACAGUAACGAUCAGUGAGGACUCCACAUCACACCUUCCCAAACUUGAUGGCUCUGCUUCUAACAUGUUGCUGCCUGACACCACAAGACAUCUUCAGAGGUCUUGUGCAGUUGUCAUUUUGAUGGGUCUGAUGGCAUGAGAAGAUCGACACAAUAUUAGGCAGGUAGUUUAAAUGCUGUGGCUGAACAGCAUAUCUGCACAAAAUCAUCAAUCCGUCUGUGUAGGAUCAGGGCUCACAGAGCCAAUGUGCCCAGUAGCAUUUGUUCUGCACUGGUUCCACUGAAAUGACAAACCUAGAGCUGUAAACAUUUAUAUUAGUCACUUGUGGAGAGUUUUUCUUUUUUACUUGUUUGACACGCAAAUACAACUCUAGACUAAGUUUAUUGCAAGCUAUAUUUCAAAGUAAGAGUUGUCCUACAUUUCAAGCCAUUAGUUUUCAGUAUGCCACAGUACUGGAUCACGAUAGUGCAAUGAUAAUGCACCCCCUGCAAUUGUCUUGCAUAAGUACUACAGGAAAAAGGUAGCCCAUUGCCCAUAUAUAAGAUCGUUCUGCGCUUUUUAUAAUUGUAUUCAGUUUUCCUUUUUACUUUGUAGUUUUUUUUUCACAAAUGAAUGUUACCUCUCCUCUGGUAGCUGAAAUUCCUCCAUAGAUUAUGUUGUGUCCUCAGUGGUAGUUGCAGCCCAGACUAGAAGCUAUGAUUCCUGCACUGCCGUAUGGCAUGUACACCUUAGCAUGUUUACUUUUUAAGUAGAAGUUGCUAAGGGCGGCAUAUUUGUCUGUAAAUGCACACUGUAAUCAUUAUCAUUCAUGAUCUUCCAUCAGCCUUGGAGUUUGCUCUCUCUGGCUCUCUGAAACAGUCAGUGUGUUCACACGUCUAACUGUUGGCCAGUGCUUACACUCAUAUAUCAGUGGUCAUCUACCCUCUCAAUGAAAUUCUGCAAAUUUGCUUAACAAUGAAACAACUUGUACUUAGCUUAAUGAGCAUAUAGAGUGCAUUCACAUGCUAAAAAGUGGCAACAAAGCCAAAAUCCAGAGGGACAGCAGUGUGCACACAAUUAUAAACCGAACAGGAAACACAGUUCCUUAUUCAGGUGCAUUAAAGAAAUGAAGAAAUGUUUAUUUGCACAAGUCAGUGUGAUGUGUCUGUUCGCUGGCUCUGCUUAUUCAUGAAGAAAGGUGUCUGUGGGUGUUGACUGAACAGGUAUGUCCACUAUUAAAGAGCACUCUGGACUUUUUUAAACUGUGAAUGGUAUAAUAAUUUCAUACAUGAUAUUAAAAACAGCUGGGCGCAGAUGUACAUGGACAUCAAAUAUUUUUUACGUUUGUCAGUGAUAGUCUUUGUGCAUUUUCUGGGAAAGUAAUUUGAUUGUUUAUUUACAACGUUUAAAUGCAUUUACUUCCUAAAUUAGAAUUUUCCAUAAGCUGUGUGUACAGUAAACAAAAUGAAGGUUGAAACUCGGUCAUGUGUAAACAUGCACAGCGGGUUUUCAUUAUUUCUCCUGCCUGUCUGAAGGUUUUUCACUGAAUCAAUGUGCAACUCGUGUGCAUGAGUUAAUGUGUACAUGUUGAACAAACAGAUAAUAAAGCCAAUCAUUUGUACACCCAAA